UUAACCUCAUCACUUCCUCUUGCUCUUAUUUUCUGGAAAGCUCAGAGUAAAGUGCAAUGGCAGCCACUUUGAAUGGCCUUCUUUUGCCAGUUUUGGUAUUCGUACUAUUUCUGACUCAUUCUGCUUCUGGGAAGCAUUCGCGGCUCAUUCGGCACUACAAAUUCGAUAUAAAACUGAAGAAUGUGACUCGUCUUUGCCAUACGAAGAGCCUCAUCACUGUGAAUGGCCAGUUCCCUGGGCCUGCAAUAGUUGCUCGCGAAGGUGAUCGUGUAAUUAUCAAAGUAAAAAAUCACAUUUCCAACAACGUCUCGAUUCAUUGGCAUGGAAUCCGCCAGCUGAGAUCCGGAUGGGCAGACGGUCCUGCAUAUAUAACCCAAUGCCCCGUUCAGAAUGGGCAGAGUUACAAGUACAAAUUCACAAUCACAGGGCAGAGAGGAACACUGUGGUGGCAUGCCCACAUUUCAUGGCUGCGUUCCAGUUUGUAUGGACCCAUUAUUAUCUAUCCCAAAAAGAAUGCCUCUUACCCGUUUCCCAAGCCACACCAGGAAGUCCCCAUUAUUUUCGGAGAAUGGUGGAAUGCAGACACGGAGACUGUUAUCAACCAGGCCAUGCAAAAUGGAGGAGGGCCUAAUGUAUCCGAUGCCUAUACCAUAAACGGCAUGCCUGGACCCCUGUAUAACUGCUCUGCUAAAGAUACAUUCAAGCUGAAAGUCAUCCCAGGAAAAACAUACCUUCUGCGCAUAAUCAACGCUGCUCUGAAUGAUGAACUCUUCUUUUCAAUCGCCAAUCACACAAUGACCGUAGUGGAAACAGAUGCCGUGUAUGUAAAGCCCUUCCAAAGCAAUACCAUUCUCAUUUCACCCGGCCAGACCACCAACGUAUUGUUAACGACCAGAUCUCAGCCACCCACAGCCAGAUUUCUCAUGUAUGCCCGCCCAUACGUUACAGGCAGUGGCACUUUUGACAACUCCACAGUGGCCGGCAUUUUGGAGUACGCUUUCCCCAAUUCCACAGCUGGCAAGUUCCCACUGAUAAAACCCGUCCUUCCAGCCCUGAAUGACACCUCAUUUGCCACCAACUUCAGCAAGAAGAUGAGAAGCUUGACCCCUCCGCCAGUUCCUCAAACUGUGGACAGGCGAUUCCUAUUCACAAUUGGGCUGGGACUAAACCCUUGCACUACAGGCCAGACUUGCCAAGGUCCCAACGGCACCAUGUUCGGAGCCUCCAUCAACAACAUCUCGUUCGUGAUGCCCACCACGGCUCUUCUUCAAGCCCACUUCUUUGGCCGCUCUAAGGGAGUUUACAACCGCACCUUCCCCGACAAUCCACCCUUCCUUUUCAAUUUCACUGGCACGCCUCCGAAUAACACACGCACUCUUUUCGACACGAGGGUGAAGACGAUUCCAUUCAACACGAGAGUAGAGCUUGUGCUGCAAGACACCAGUAUUGUGGGUCCCGAGAGCCACCCGCUGCAUCUCCAUGGCUUCAAUUUCUUCAUCGUGGGGCAGGGCGUGGGCAACUAUAAUGCCUCCUCAGAUCCCUCUAAAUUCAAUCUGGUGGAUCCUCCUGAAAGGAAUACAGUAGGUGUUCCUAGCGGUGGGUGGGUGGCUCUUCGUUUUAAAGCUGAUAAUCCAGGAGUGUGGUUCAUGCACUGUCAUUUGGAGGCCCACACGAGCUGGGGAUUGAAGAUGGCGUGGGUUGUUCUCAAUGGAAAUGGGAAAUCUCAAUCUCUUCCUCCGCCUCCCAAAGAUCUUCCGUCCUGCUGAUCAAUGCUGUCGGGCUCCUGGCUAAUUAUUUUUCCCUGCCCUCGGAGAAAUAAUCGGACAUGUUUUCAAUCUCGGCUUGCAAGUGAGAAAGAGUGAAUCUGAACUUUGGAGUGUUCCAGAUUAGGGCAAACAAGUUUUUUGGCGUAAAUCAAUGAAGCAAAUUCUUGUUGGUUGUAUUCUUUGAAGUCAUUUGUAUUAACUUCAUCAAAAGGAAUAAUGAACUUUGGAGUGUUCCAGAUUAGGGCAAACAAGUUUUUUGGUGUAAAUCAAUGAAGCAAAUUCUUGUUGGUUGUAUUCUUUGAAGUCAUUUGUAUUAACUUCAUCAAAAGGAAUAAUCUUUUUUUAAUAACAUUUUUCUGCUAA